GCUCAUAUUAACUUACUUAAAUAUGUGCACACAAUUAUACAUAGCUUUAGCCGUGUGUUGGCUAACGGCCGGCGCUUACGGCACCUGUACUUACAAACUGAGAACUGAGUUCACGGGCGCCACACAAGCGGAGUUUGAUUUGAGCGGUGAGACCGGCGACUGGGCUAUCGAUAUGGUGUUUGACGCUAAAGUUAUGCUCAAGAUAAUGAGCGGCGGGACAGUGAAAAGUGCCAGCGCUGACGAGCUUAAAUUCACCAUAGGUGGCGAGCAGUUAAAACCUGGUGAAACACACACAGUUUCCUACGAGGCCAGAUACGAUGGAAAUCCGGGAGCUAAUCUUAUCGGCGCCACAUUUAAAGGCAAAGCCAUCGAUAUUGGGCCGGUAUCCACUGUAUGGCCAGUCACUAUAGUGCCGGACGGAGAGCCGGGUCAUUACAACUACGGGGCUGUGAUUCACGCCUCUCUACUCUUCUAUGAGGCCCAGAGAUCCGGGAAAUUACCCACAGAUAAGAGGAUUCACUGGAGGGGAGACUCUAUGCUCGACGACGGCAAAGACGUUGGCAAGGAUUUGACCGGCGGUUACUUCGAUGCCGGUGAUUUAGUGAAGUUUGGUUUCCCAAUGGCCGCCUCUAUGACACUACUGGCGUGGGGUGUCGUCGACUAUGCGGACGCCUACCAAAAGGCCGGCGAAUUAGAUAAUGCGCUGAAGGCUAUCAAAUGGGGCACCGAUUACUUCAUUAAAUGCCACACGAGUGACACAGAGUUUUACGGACAGGUGGGUAAUGGCGAAGAGGAUCACGCGGUGUGGGGCCGACCCGAGGAAUGGCCUAAGAGUAAAGUAAGGCCCGCGUAUAAAGUAACGACAGCUCACGGAGGCACCGAUUUGUUGGGCGAGACGUCGGCAGCUCUGGCCGCGGCCUCCAUGGCCUUCAAUGCAACGGAUCCCAACUAUUCGGUCACACUUUUAACUCACGCCAAGUCUUUGUAUACAUUUGCGGACAAACAUCGGAGCACUUAUACGGCAGAGAUCACCGACGCUCAAAACUUUUACAAAUCGUGGUCGGGUUUUGGCGACGAGUUGGCCUGGGCUGCCACGUGGCUGCUCAGGGCUACCAAUGAUAGCCAGUAUAGAUCGGAAAUUGAUAAACAUUUCAACGAGUUUAGCGUUCAGUUGACGGGAAGGCCCACACAGUUUGGUUGGGACGAUAAGACCGCUGGGGUUCAGGUUCUGGCGGCCGAAGUGACCGGCGAUCAAAAGUAUAAGACUUUGGCCAAGAAUUUCUGCGAUUGGGUCGUCUAUACGGCGCCUAAAACACCAAAAGGUAUGGUUUACAUCGAUCAAUGGGGAACACUUAGACACGCCUCUAAUGUUGCCUUCGUUUGUCUUCAGGCGGCAAAAGUGGGCAUAAAUCCGGAAGUUUACAAAAGGUUUGCCAAAUCGCAAAUAGGGUACGCGUUGGGCGACACCGGCCGGAGCUUUGUGGUGGGCGUAGGUGUCAACCCUCCCACACGACCCCAUCACCGAUCGUCUUCGUGUCCUAAUGAGCCGGUCAUAUGCGACUACUCUGCGAUGUCAAACCCGGGCCCCAAUCCGCAGAUACUGACGGGCGCACUGGUGGGCGGGCCCGACAAGAAUGACGGCUACGCCGAUAAACGCGACGAUUUCGUGCACAACGAGGUGGCCAUGGAUUAUAACGCCGGCUUUCAGGGCGCUCUCGCAGCUCUACUUCACCUCAACCCA